GUUAAUCAUUUCAUUACCUCUUCUUGCCGGAAACAUGAGAAGUAUGACAGAUCAUGUCUUUGUGAAAGGUACAGUCGGAUGCUGAUAAAACCUACACAGCUGGAUUAGAAACUGACAGCUUUGAGAGGAUGGGGAAGUGUUAGGGAAAUUUCCCCCUCAUUAUUCCAUGAGGAGUUGAUGGUGACAACAGGUAUCCUUAGAUUGAUCUAUGCGAAAAUAGCACCCUAUGCCUGCUUGUACCAUGACAACCAUUGUUGUCCCCCUUGUAAAGUAGUUUUCACCCUGUAUUCUCAUGUUUAGUCCCUCAACUGUGCUGUUCUUAACAAAUAGGAUCACUAAAUACUAUAUCGUCUCAUCUAGUUUGUUCGUUAAACAUUCUGUCAUAUUCAGCUAUCAAUGGAUUGGAAAGAUGGUUAGUAAGCACGUUCUUCAUAAAUCACAUGUAAUGGUGAAUUCAUAAUUCUGAUAGAGAGGGAAAGAGUCGGGGAGUUUCCAGGAGAAAAAAUGAAUUUACAUCAUACAUAACAUGUAAGUCAUCAUCUUCCUUGUUUGCUAAGCAUGGAUUACCCCACACUAAUAACAUAUUUGGAUUGAAUUUUUAACGUGCCGGCUAAAAGGUGAUAAACAAUAUAAUACAGUGAUGUAUUUAUUUGGAAAUCAUAAUACGUUAAUGUGUUUGCUAAAAUGUCCCAUUAAUCCAUUUUUAUAAUAUUCCUCAACAUUGCAGUUCUCGCCGGCAACAAGAAUCAAAAAAAUCUCCAGGAGAUGGGGGUAAUAGUGAAAGUCUAUAUAUUAGAAGCACUCAAGCCUAACUUCCGGGAGGUUCAGGAAAAAAGAAACCAGGAGUACUAUUACUGUGUUCGAUAUUUUCCAAGGAGAGGAAAAACCCAGGAAAUGGUUGCUGCAGAUCCUUACAUAUCAUCUAACUUCCAUAGCAAUGGAGGAGGCAGUGGAGGUAUCGAUUCAAGCGAUCUCGAUCUUAAUCUCUGUCAAUUCCCAUGCUAUCCAGCAUUCCCGGAGAAACGUGGGCCGGAUUACAGCUUAGACCAGCCAAGAACUCAGAAGAAGCUGAAACAGCAAACUGAUGAUAGUGGGUCCCCUACUGACACCAGCUCUGGCGGGUUCUAUGAGGCUAACAGCAGCAGCAACAGUAGCUUCAACAGCUUGCCAAAGCUCCAGUUUCGAGACUAUGUAUGGGCGUAUGCGGAGAGGUUCCUGGCCAUCGAGGCCAUGGAGGAAGCUGCUGCAAUGACUUUGGCAGUGGAAGAAGAAGAAGAGAAAGUUGAGGUUAAAGAAGAGCCAGGUGUCGACGGGAUGAAGCUGGUCCAGCAGCUGAUCGCCUGCGCGGAAGCAGUCGCAUGUCGCGACAAGGCUCACGCAUCGGCGCUGCUCUCUGAGCUGCGAGCCAAUGCGCUGGUAUUCGGGACUUCGUUUCAGCGCGUGGCAUCCUGUUUCGUCCAAGGGCUGUCCGACCGCCUUACACUGGUCCAGCCCCUAGGGACCCAUGGGGUCCUCAGUUCAGCACCUGCUAGAGCCUUGGCCUCAUCCUUUUCAGCCGAAAAGGAUGAGGCUUUGACGCUGGCCUACGAGCUUUGCCCGCAGAUCCAGUUCGGACAUUUCGUGGCAAACACAUCAAUCCUCGAAGCCCUUGAGGGAGAGAGUUCAAUUCACGUUGUGGACCUUGGGAUGACACUAGGCCUCCCUUGCGGUCAGCAAUGGCAGAAUCUGAUGCACAGCAUAGCUGGACGCAUCAGAAAGUCGUCGGUUCCACGCCUACGAAUCACAGGCGUGGGGCCUGAAGCCGAUCGCCUGCAGGCAAUCGGAGUCGAGCUCAGUUGCUAUGCUGCCAACCUGGGUUUGAAUUUUGAGUUCAUGUAUAUCAGGAGCAGUUUAGAGAGUCUGAAGCCCGAAGAUUUUGACGUCCAGGAAGGGGAAGCCGUGGUGAUCAAUAGCGUCCUCCAGAUGCAUUGCGUGGUGAAGGAGAGCCGUGGCGCUCUGAACUCGGUCCUUCAGGUCCUGAAUGAGCUGUCGCCCAAGGCAUUUGUCCUGGUCGAGCAGGACUCGAAUCACAACGGCCCCUUCUUCCUGGGGAGGUUCAUGGAAUCACUGCAUUACUACUCGGCCAUCUUCGAUUCGCUGGACUCGAUGCUGCCCAGGUAUGACACCAGGAGGGCGAAGAUCGAGCAAUUUUACUUUGCGGAUGAGAUCAAGAACAUUGUGAGCUGCGAGGGGCCGGCUAGGGUCGAAAGACAUGAGAGGUCAGAUCAGUGGCGCAGAAGGAUGAGCAGGGCCGGGUUCCAGGCUUCGCCGUUGAAGAUGUUGGCGCAGGCUAAGCAGUGGCUUGGCAAGGCCAAGUUCUGUGAUGGGUAUACUGUGGUCGAGGAGAAAGGUUGCUUGGUUCUUGGAUGGCAAUCAAGACCCAUCAUCGCAGCUUCUUGCUGGAGGUGUUCCAAGAUUUAAAAGAAAAGUACAGGUUCUGUUAAUGGAUUUCAAAUAAACUUCCACCAAAGAUUCUGAUCAGAAUCCCCCCACUCUGCAAUUUGUUUACUUUGUGAAAUAAGGGUUUUUGCUGUUUUCUUAUUCCUGAUGAACCAGGGAAUCUUAAAGCUUCGGCCUUUUCCCUGGAAAUAACUGUCUCGAUUUUCUCUGUUCAUGUUUCCUUUGUGUUAUCACUGUUUCUGUUUAGCCAACUCGCCACUGAAAGAAGCAAUCCCCUGGUGAAAAAAGAGAAAUCUUUUCAAUUGGCCUUGGGAUUAUCAGGAACUAUGCGUUGCUAUUUGAUUAAUGAAAUGAAGCUAUCAACUUAAAAUUGUCCAAUUUUUGCAGCUGCAAGACAUGUUUAAACUGGAGGCUAGAGUAGCUGCCACGUGUAUGGUAGAUACAUAGAUUCCCUAUUCUGCUCCUUGUAUGGAUAAGAUCGCUUGUACUCUGUUUGAGCAAGAACCAAGUUCGAUUAGAAAUGGAAGUGGGUAUGUCACUAAAUGCACUGAUGAGGCUGCCAUUAUCGAGUUCGUCGAGAACUCUGGAAGAUGGAUUGGUCAAGCACUCGUUAUUCUCAGCUGAGUUGCAGGGUGACGCGACGUGGGAGUUCUUUAUUAGUAGUUGAAGCUAAGGGGAAGAGAGGGAUGGUAAAUCGCCAGUUUCAGCAGAGACCUCCUCCAUUGCCGAAGGUUGAAGAUGAUGGGAAUCCCAAGUUCGUCAUCUUCAUCCGCAUGGCCAAUGUAAUGUUUUCCCCCCUUUUGGACUCUCUUCCCUCUUUUGCAAGCUGUAAACAGUUCAUUACUUUACUCUGUAGAUGAAUAGAGUUUCCUUGGUAGCUCUGUUCAAUCUGAAUUUCAUCAGUUCGUAUCAUAAUGCUUAUGGAAUGGGAUUUGAUCUUAAUUACGGAUCCGUGUAGAUCAUGAUCCGAAGAACAGUAACAUGUUAGAGUGGACUCAAGAACAUUGUGCAAUCUCAACAGUAACAUGUAAGAGUAGAUCAUGAUCCGAAGAGUAGUAACAUGAUUACGGAAUGAGAUUUGAAUGAGACAUGCCCACGCUUUGUUGAAUCCUGUAAAUCUCAUAUUUAUUGUGAUUGCUCUUUUUCUUUUGCUUGUUCCUUCUUGUAUUUGAUUCCAGAAUCCAAUCCGGCCUCCCAUCCUGCUGUUAUACGUGAUUGCAGUUCGAGUUCUGCUGACCGUCCGAUUCUGUAAAGUUAGGACUUAGAAAUGGAUGGUGUUUCUAAUCAUGUCCUGCUUUCUUUGGAUGGAAAUUCGUCUAGAUUGCAUUAGGUAAUUUUACCUACAACGCUGAGUAAUUAUACUGAGACUGUUGUUUACUUAUUCCCCCAGGUUUACAUAUGGUACCCGCUUAGUCUAAUAACAGGUGGUACAACAGCUAAAAUCAUGGUUGCUGCUAAGGACAACUUUCUGGGCAAGUACAUAUCCAAAGACACACUUGCUCGAAACCUUGCCGCGGUAAUCUAUAGAGUAAGUUGGUUGGUAGAAUCUUCUUGUCUUGGAACUUGCUGAAAGAAGCUUGCAUUUCUCACAUGAAAAAGAUGAAGUAUUAUAAUAAUAUGAUUUUCAUUGUGUUGUGUUUGGUUUUCUUAGUAAUAAUUAGUCUCUGAAUUAGCCAGCAUAGCAGUUUCAUGCUUUGUUUUCUCCUUCCAAUUUGAUCUCACUUUGGAACCACACUGAAAACAAAGUUGUUGUCUUUCGCAUCAUUUGAUCUGUACUAAGUUUGGAUCCAAACAAUGAAUGCCAUUAGUUUGA